GCAGUCCGAGGAGGAGGGGACAGCAGCCUCCGGCAGCUGGCGAGGAGCAUGGGAGUGCGGGCCGGCGGACCGCCGCGGGGUGACACGGCCGCGGCGAAACCUGCGUGGCGCGCGACCGGCGCCCGCCGCUUUUAAACCCGGGAGGGCGCGGCGGCGGCCGCGGCGGCGGGUGGAUCGCAGGGCGCCCGGGCGGCGGCCGAAUGGAGAGGAAGGGCUCGGCGGCCGGGGCGAGGGGGAACCCCAGCCCGCCCGCGGCCGGCGAGGGGCAGCGGCCGCCGCCACCGCUGUGCGUCCCGGGCGGCGGCGGAGGGGCCCCGGCGCGGGGCCAGGCUGGGGCGGCGGCCGAGCCCGCCGAGCUCAUCCGGCGCGCGCACGAGUUCAAGAGCCAAGGGGCGCAGUGCUACAAGGACAAGAAAUUCCGCGAAGCCAUCGGCAAAUACCACCGGGCUUUGCUGGAGCUGAAGGGGCUGCUGCCACCCCCCGGGGAACGGGAGCGGGAUUCGCGCGCCGCCUCCCCGGCCGGGGCCCCCAAGCCCAGUCGCCUCUCGGAGGAGCAGAGCAAGACGGUGGAAGCCAUCGAGAUCGACUGCUACAACAGCCUAGCAGCUUUUGAAGCAAUUUCUGGCUCACAUGGAGAACAUGGCCUCUUGGGACUGUCAGAAGUCUGCUUACUUAGUUACAGACAUAUACCCUUACCUUGUACUCUCAGUGAACUUUCUUGCAUUUGGGUGUACUAGAAUUCUGUGCUCAUGGGGUGUUGUGAAUGCACUAUGUGAAUGGGGCUGCGAAGAAUGGUAUUAUGCCUAUCUCUUUGCUCAUACUCCAUUGUCCCAUCAGACUUCACUUACAAAAGGCAAGUUUAAAGACAAAAUUAUUAAGAGUUUCAAAAAGGCAACAGCAGAGCAUUAAACCAAGUCCAGGGCCCUUCUGAUCAUGGGGCCCUAUGAGACAGCACAAGUCACCCAUCCUUGAAGCCAGCCCUCACUGGGACACUGGAAGAUGGUUAGAUGGAUGCGUUUAAGAUGGGAAAAAAAUGGAUAUAGACUCUGAGGUGGGGUCCAAGAACAAAGGGUACUCAACAGAAAUUGGUGUGGAACCAGAGAACCACGCAUAAAAAUGGAUGAAUUACUAAUGCAAAAUCUCAGGGUGGAAAGGAGGUCAGGCUAGAGACAUGCAGUAACCUGGUAGCCAGAAGAUGAGUUUCUGGGUGAAGAUUGGUCAAAGAAGGGGGAUAAAAGAGGGACCUCAUACUAAGAUGUUCAGCCAAGAUCCUGCCAUGUGGAUGGGAGGACUGGCCAAACCAUUGUUGAUCUAGGAUUGUUCCUUGUGUAGCACAUUGGCCGAUAAAUCUCAAGGACACUGUAAAUGUGGCUUCUGAGACCAUUUUCCAAAGAAGGAUGUGACAAUUGAAACUUGUAGAAUGCUUUCAAGGAAGGUACUAGGAAGAACUCUCUGAAUCUAGACUUUGGGCUGAGUUUCUAAAGUGGAUUCUGAAGCUCUUUAGUCCACCUCCAAGGGAAAUGAGUUGGGUGGCUUUUAGCCAGAAACUCUCUAGGACAUCUCAAAUCAAAGUCCUCACAGCCCAAAUACAUAGGAGUGCUCCAUUCAAGGCAAGGACACUUGCCUGCAGUGCAACAAGGAAGGCCAAGAUUCGGAGCAGCCUAAAGCUGCUCCCAGAGCUUCACAGGUUGUGAGUGACCUCCAGAUGGGAAGUUCCAUCCUUUCAGCUCUUCUCUUUAACCACCAGACUGUGCCAACUUCGAACAGCUAAGAUGAAAACCAAAUGUUUCCACCAACCAACCACAGUUUUCCUAAUUCCCAUUGGGAAAUCAGAUGUCCGUGUUUGGAACACCGUUUUUCAUAUUUACCCAGAUGAUUCGUGUUGCCCAGUCCCAACCAUAGAGCAGCAACCCCAAGCUCAGACAAUGGUACCAGACAUAAGAAGGCCAAAGAUAAUGCUACAGAAGAUUAAAGGAUUCAGCCUCCCUGGUGGUAUUCCUGUGGCCUUGAAAUUAUUCAUUAGCUAGUAUAAAACUCAUUAUCUGCCUCUUGUACAUACAUACACCAUUUCAUAUCAGCACUGAAAUAAUGCCAUGUCCUGUAGGACCCAAAACCAAAAGGUUUCAAAUUUUUUUGAAAAAGGAAGCAGGAUGUGUAAUGCCAAGGAGGAUGGACUUGAAGUAGAAGAAUCCCAGGUUGGAAUGGAUCCAAGUGGUCCUUCCCUUCACAUUUCUGCCAAAGGGACUUUAAAAGAGCACCCAAAUUACCAAUAGGGUUUACACAGAAGCUUGUGGGCAAAUGUUUCCUUCCACAGUGUUUCUAUGUGGAAAGGACAAAAGUAUGAAUUGGUGUUAACUAGUUAGUCUUGAGAGUUAUGUAAAGUUAGAAUUAUGGUUUCAGAUUUGAAUAUGUCCCCAGACCUUACAUAGGUGUAUGAAUUUUCUUAUCAACAUCGCCAACUUGUCAUCCAGCAUGAGUUAGGCAUUUCCAACCACAGGGAUACUCACCAACACCUAAAGUGAACAUUUUGACAACCACCACCACCAAAACUAUAAUAAUAGUAACCAUAAUGACAGAAAGUGCUACCGUGAUGAGCCUAGUUCCUGGCUCAUAGUAGAUGUUCCACAAAUGUGUUUGAAAUGAAUGAAAAUGCUUAUCUCAGCAUCUGUCUCAUGUUAAGGAUCCAAUAAAUUCAGUCAUUCCAUUAA